GCUGCGCGCACACGGAAAGCGUACACGGCAGGAGGGGGGCACCGAACCCUAGCGCCUUUUGGCUCCGUCCCACGCUGCGCUGCUUCCCCACACCGCCCGGUAGGCUCACCGCCGGCGAAGCGCAGCGCCACACCCACCGCUACGCCACCGCCGCUUCCCCCCCUGGCCCGGAGCUGCGGAGAUCUCCAGAUCUCGGUCGCUGUCUCACUCGCGCCGUCGCGCGCGGUCAUGGCGUCCUCCGACGACGAGCAGCCGAAGCCGCCGGAGCCACCCGCGGCGGCGGCGCCGCCGCAGUCGCACGCGGAGUGGGCCGCGUCGCUGCAUGCGUACUACGCCGCCGCGGGGCACCCCUACGCCUGGCCCGCGCAGCACCUGAUGGCGGCAGCGACGGCGGGGACUCCGUACGGCGCGCCAGUGCCGUUCCCCGUCUACCACCCGGCCGCAGCGGCGGCGUACUACGCGCACGCGUCCAUGGCCGCGGGCGUGCCUUACCCGACGAGCGAAGCUGUCGCGGCGGUGGCGGCCCCGGCGGCGGAAGGGAAAGGCAAGGGGAAGGGCGGGGUCGCGUCGCCUGAGAAGGGCAGCUACGGCGCGCCGUCUGGCGAGGACGCCUCCCGGAGCGGUGACAGCGGCAGUGAGGAGUCGUCAGGGACGAGAGAUGAUGACACUGACCAUAAGGGUUCGCCUGCGCAUAAGAAGAGGAAAUCUGGUAACACAUCAGCUGAAGGUGAGCCAUCUCAUGCUGCUGUUGUGCGCUAUGCUGCUGUCGAGUCACCGUAUCCAGUGAAGGGGAGGUCUGCCUCGAAGCUUCCGGUGUCUGCACCUGGGCGGGCAGCACUUCCGAAUGCCACCCCAAAUUUGAACAUUGGGAUAGAUCUUUGGAGUGCUUCUCCAACCUUAGCAGUUCCUGCAGUGCAAGGGGAAGCGAGUCCCGGCUUGGCACUUGCACGGCUUGAUGGCGUUGCUCAUCUGGAUGAGCGUGAGUUAAAGAGGGAGAGGCGAAAACAGUCUAACAGGGAGUCUGCAAGGAGAUCAAGGUUACGCAAGCAGCAAGAGUGUGAGGAAUUAGCCAAGAAGGUAGCGGAGCUGACAACUGAGAACAAUGCUCUUAGAGCAGAACUUGACAACCUUAAGAAGGCCUGUGAAGACAUGGAAGCAGAGAAUUCACGCCUGGUGGUACCAAGCGUCACGACAACAUUGGGAAUGAGCAUCGAAGCACCAAAGGCACAGCAGCAUGACGACGAGGGCCAGCUUCACAAGAACACUAGCAAUAACAGCAACGGAAACUACGUAGGCGGCAGCCAUAAACAGGAGGUUAACACUAGGUGAGAGGUCAUGAGGAAGUGACAAAGAUGAGAUGAGGUGUUUCUGAUCUAACCACAACACCCAUCAUCAAUCAGUGUGUUUUUUUUAGCAAAGCUGUUGUUUUUGUCCUUCUCACAGCUUACCGGGGCCCCGGUAGAGUGGCCCCACUGCAGCCAUGUAUUAUUUAUGGCUUGUUGCCGUGUGUGCUCGUGGGUGUGUGUUUUGUGUAAACUUAUUGAUGUAGCUAUUGUAACAAACCUAGAACCUAGAAAAUUUUAUGUUUGCUUACUUCUGAUGAGGAAUGUAACCGGCCAAUUUGGUGCCACAUCGUUAGAUGAAAUGUGAGCAGAUAACCUUUCAUAGUCUGUAUCGCCUUGUUAUUUGAAUGGAUGCAUUUUUGUGUGA